AUGCCCGCGGUACCAAAAGACCACUAUCUCUGGACAGUCAUCGUCCGAGGAAGAGCUAGCCCUCCAGACGGCGAAAACGCGACUGGACUCAGGGCUCUGCUCUCAGAUGGUCCUGGGAACAGCGCGAAAGCAGCAGAGCUCAGGGCCCUAGUCGCGGCAACUGCGGGAUGCACCAUCGUCAAAGACUUCCACCCUAUGGAGGGUCAUGGCUUCAUUUACCACAUGGCCAAUACUGUUGAGUCAAACCCACUUCAAGAGUAUGUUGGCUUGGACGCGCGUGCCCAAGUGCAACUGAAGCGCCAUCGCAGGUCUGAAGAGUCCAUGAGGGAGGAGGUCGUAGACGUCUCGGAGUCGCAGGUGGAUGAGGGCGCCGAAAUUCCUUACAUUGCUGCGGACCUGGAACAUAGCGACGAUGACUAA